UGGGUCAGGAAUGCGUGAGCACCUGUUUAGUCUGGGUUUGUGACUGGCAUAGAGUUCAGGUGCAGUGAGAUGAAGAUGGCAGUUGCUACUAUCCUUCACUCUUGGAAUACUGCUGUUGAGCCAAAAUUACUGACACCUGAAACUUCUUGGUCUCAUCUCAACCUUCCAUCUUAUACAACAGAAUCUUUUUUCAUAUUUUUUCUAAAUCUCAAAGUCUGUACCUUUUUCAUCUCUAAGUUCCUGUCAAGGAGCCCUGGUGGUGUAGUGGUUAAGUGCUUGGCUGCUAAUCCAAAAAUCGACAGUUCGAACUCACCAGCUACUCACCAGAAAGAUGUGGCAGUCUGCUUCUGUAAAGAUGUACAGCCUAGGGAACCCUACGGGGUGGUUGGUUCUACUCUGUCCUAUAGGGUCACUAUGAGUUGGAAUUUACUUGAUGGCAAUGGGUGUGUGUGUGUGUGUAAGUUCCUAUUUUGUGCAUAAAUGACAGUCAUAACUCUAAUAAUGUCUUCAAAUAUUCUCUUGUGGCCCACUUAGGACUGAUGUCUCCUUUGCCUGGGAUGUCUUCUCUUGUAGGAAGGACAGACAGCUUCAUCUCAUACAUGAGGUGAACUCAUUCUCAUCCUCUUCUACAGAGCAGUUCUGCUGGUUUUGGUAGAGUCUAUGGUGAUCUCCCUAAUAGGAGGACUUGCAUAUGUAUUUUUGUAGAAGCAGAAAAAUGUAGUAGCUGAGGGCUUCAGCUAUGGUUUCAGAAUUCAUGGUUUCAGAUUAUGGCUUCACUACUGUGAUUUUAGUAAAACAUCUUUACUUACCUUUGGAUUUGUUUCCUCAUCUGUAUAAUUUGAAAUGACAAUGAUUAUUCUCUCAUAGGGAAGGUGAUCUUGUAAAAUAUCAGCCGAAUUUAGAAAUUAUAAAGAGUAAUAAAAGGGACAUAAAAAGGAAAUUUUCCAAACAAAUCAGUAAACAGGUCAUUCUACUGGGUUUUAACAGAAUGAAUGGGUUUGUAACUAUAAAACACUUAGAAUACUGCCAGGCACUCAACUGUUAUUUUUCAAUGUUUUUUAGAAAUAAGUUAUUUCCCCAUGGGUAUUCAUCUUGUCUGGAUGGGUUUAUUUCUGUUUUAUCUUCCAAGGUUUCAGAAGUGGCUGCUCUGAAACGUCUGAUCAGGAUUCAGCACAUGGCAUCACCUAGCAACUUCUCCACGGUUCCAGUCUCUGAAUUUAUCCUCAUCUGCUUCCCUAACUUCCAGAGUUGGCAGCACUGGCUAUCUCUGCCCCUCAGCUUCCUCUUCCUUCUGGCCAUGGGGGCCAAUGCCACACUCCUGAUCACCAUCCAGCUCGAGGCCUCCCUGCAUGAGCCCAUGUACUACCUGCUCAGCUUCCUCUCCCUGCUAGACAUUGUGCUCUGCCUCACUGUCAUCCCCAAGGUCCUGGCCAUCUUCUGGUUUGACCUCAGGUCUAUCAGCUUCUCUGCCUGUUUCCUCCAGAUGUUUAUCAUGAACAGUUUCUUGACCAUGGAGUCCUGCACAUUCAUGGUCAUGGCCUAUGACCGCUACAUAGCCAUCUGCCAUCCGCUGCAGUACCCAUCCAUUAUCACUGAUCAAUUUGUGGCUAGGGCUGCCAUCUUUGUUGUGGCCCGGAAUGGUCUUCUUACUAUGCCUAUUCCCAUACUUUCUUCCCAACUCAGAUACUGUUCAAGAAACAUCAUCAAGAACUGCAUCUGUACUAACAUGUCUGUGUCCAAACUCUCUUGUGAUGACAUCACCUUCAAUCAACUUUACCAGUUUGUGAUAGGUUGGACCCUGCUGGGCUCUGACCUCAUCCUUAUUGUUCUCUCUUACUCUUUUAUCUUGAAAGCUGUGCUUAGAAUCAAGGCUGAGGGAGCUGCGGCUAAAGCUCUAGGCACCUGUGGUUCCCACUUCAUCCUCAUCCUCUUCUUCAGCACAGUCCUGCUGGUUCUGGUCAUCACUAACCUUGCUAGAAAGAGAAUUCCUCCAGAUGUGCCCAUCCUGCUCAACAUCCUGCACCACCUCAUACCUCCAGCUCUGAACCCCAUCGUUUAUGGUAUGAGAACCAAGGAGAUCAAGCAGGGAAUCCAGAAAUUGCUGAGAAGGUUGUUAGAAAUGAAAUGAAUGAGACCUUGCCAUGGGAACAGAAAUUGAUAAUAUACAAUAAUUCUCAUGGUACAUAGGAAAUUUACAUAGGUGCUGUACAAAUAAAUUUGGAUUUAUGUUUCCCCAAUGUUUCAGUUGAUUGUGGAGACAGCCAUAUCUUGGCUGUUGUUUGAAGAAAAUUCUAUUGCAUUUUUUAUAUUCUGGAGUUACCUGCGAGUUUAUCCAGAGACUUGUCUAGCCAUAAUUGCAGAAUAUUAAUUAGAGUGUAAUGGUUAAUGAAUUAAAGAACAAAUGUUAUUCCAAUCUUUUCAAAUGCCUCUCAAUUUCCCGAAUGGCUUAAUACACAGAUGUGUAUUAGCUCUCUUGAUUCAGCCUGAUACAGCUCAACCUGGUUUUGUGCCGUGAAUGGGUCUCUUGUGGAGAUACAGAAUUAAUUCCAGAGUUUUGAUUCUUAUAGGUGAGUGAGUGACACAUGCCAUCCACUGCCUCCUCUAGUCUUGCCAGAUCUUGCUAAUAUUUUUAGCUAACGUCACUUCUUAGAAGAUGAAUUACUUAUAGUUCUUUCCUUCUUUCUAAAGAGUAUUUUCUAUUUUAAGAAGAAUUAUUUUUGAGUGUGUUUUAAGUGAAAGAGUGUGUCCUUUUCUUCAGAUGUGCAAUAGAUUAUCCAAGUUCUGGCUUCAUCAUUAGAUUUCAGGCACCAUCUGCAUCCCUACCCUCUCCUGCCUAUCUUGGGUAUGCACCUAAAUUGACUUUUUCAUCCUACUUUCAGUCCUGUUGUGUCAGUCCUGUUAUCCCGUGUUGGAACCAGCAUAGCUUCCCAUAGCAAUCAGGCAUCCAAAUUAGCAGGUUUGCUGAAUAAGGAUGAGUGUUUUACUGCUUUUAAGUUCCCUUCCUGAUCAUGCCUUGAAUAUGGUGGGGCUUAUGUAUUGGUCAAUAUUUCCUGGGAUUAAUUUACAUUGAUAACCAGGCCUCUUUUUGGAUAGUAUUUGAGAGCUUCAUAUAUGUAUUACUUUAUAAGCAUUAUUCAAGAAUGUCUCUGAAUAUGGCUGAUCAAUGAUAAAGCUAACCAUUUUUGGGGUCUUUCAAAAUAAUUUUUUUAUAUUACUGUUUUUCUUCAAAAUAAUAGCUUUGAUCUC